CUAGGCCAGCAUAAAAACAUGCAUUCUAUAAUUGUGUGAUGACAUGUUAAUAAAUACGCAUUGCUGAACGAUUUUCCCGUUGGCAGCCUCGUAUAGGAAGUAACACUGAGCCAUAUUGCAUCUGCCAGUCGGGCAUGGCAGACGAUAGAAAAUGGCGGGAGCAGCAGCAAUGACAACGAAUGAGGAUACAUGUACUUCACUGAUUAACUGAAAAUGACUCGAUCUGUAUGAUGCUAAGACAUAUUAAGGAGAGGAUGGCAGGCAGUGAUAAUAGUGAAGAUGAACUGUUCAGCAAGGACCCGAAUGAAGACAAAGAAAGGAGGCGCCUCCUGAACAGCAAGCCAGUGGACGGCUCGCCUGCGGAGGAGCCCACACGAUGGGACAGGUUCAAGGGCUGUUGUUCCUGUCAUGGCUAUCCCAUAGCUGUAUUCUUCAUCAUAAUGACAGAGUUCUGCGAACGAUUCUCUUUCUACGGGAUGAGAACGGUACUUACAUUAUAUCUGAAGAACUUCCUGGGGCUUAGCGGAAAUGUCUCAACUGAGGUCUUCCAUGGUUUCAACAUGAUAUGUUACUUCAUGCCUCUUCUCGGUGCCAUUGUUGCUGAUGGAUACAUAGGGAAGUUUAAGACAGUCGUGGCCCUUUCAACGGUGUAUGUUGCCGGGAACAUCGUCAUGGCUGUGACGGCAAUCCCCCCAGCAAAAUUGGCUGGUGCAGUUGUGGGGUUAGUCCUUAUAGGAAUAGGGACGGGUGGUAUCAAGCCCUGUGUGUCGGCGUUUGGUGGUGAUCAGUUUGCGCAGGGCCAGGAGAAACAACUCGCCCAGUUCUUCUCAAUAUUCUAUUUUUCUAUCAAUGCUGGUGCUCUUAUUUCUACUUUUGUCACUCCAAUUCUUAGAGAGGACGUGGAGUGUUUUGGCGGUCAAUGUUUCUUCGCGGCUUUUGGUCUUCCUGCUCUGCUGAUGCUAACUGCUAUUGUGAUUUUUGUUGCUGGUCGGUCUAUGUAUAAAGUGAAUCCACCUUCAGGCAACAUCAUCGGGAUGUUCUUCAAGUGUAUAUGGAGUGCCGUGGGGAACAAAGUGAAAGCGAAGAAAGAAGACCAGCGAGAAAGUGUCCUGGAUUAUGCUGAUGACAGAUUUAGUAAAGAGUUCGUUCUGGACGUCAAGGGAGUGCUAAGAGUCCUUGUGAUGUAUCUGCCCAUCCCGGUAUUCUGGGCUCUAUAUGACCAACAAGGAUCAACAUGGACAUUACAAGCAGAGAAGAUGGAUGGACACUUGGGUGGUGCAUUUCGGAUUAAACCUGAUCAGAUGCAAGCUAUCAAUACUGUGCUUAUCAUUGUCCUCAUUCCACUCUUCGAAGGUGCCAUCUACCCCCUGCUUGACAAGUGCAGAAUACCAAAUAGGCCUCUACAGCGAAUGUGUUGUGGGAUGGUACUGGCAGCGUGUGCCUUUGUCUUCGCUGCCUUUAUACAGUUCAGAAUCGAUGCCUCUGAAUUACCAGCUAUCAAGCAGGAUUACAUGAGGGGGAAAUUCAUCAAUGAUGUUCCAUGUCCCACCAAGUUUACAAGCGAAUUUCAAGACACUACUCUGAAGAAGUUCGAAACCUCUGAGAGAUUCGAUAUCAACUCAGGUGCCAGAAACCUCCGGGUGUCAAUAAUAUCAACGUGUCCAUCCGUAACCCUUAAAACAGACACCACCCUCAAGUUCACACCCGGAUACGACAUAUCUCUAAUUGCAGGACGGGCAGGAAAUGUGAUACAGACAAAACAGAUUAGAAAUGACCUUGUUAAGCCAAGGGGUGGAAAUGCCAAAGUCAGGUUCAUAUACAUGCCAGAGACUCCUUCUGAUCAGAAGCCAGAUAUAUUGUUGUCCCAGGAUAAAUUAUUUUACAUCUUUCCGAAUGUCACUUUCUUUGAGCCCACCGAAUACAAGUCACUUGAGGCCUUAGGAUAUUCCGUUAAAGUGAAACAGGGUACCGAAUAUGAAACGCUUGUCGAUCGCCCGACAUUCCAGAUGGGCGGUUGUUACACAGUUGUUAUUCAUGGCCCAUCUUCUCAUCAUAAUCUAAGUGUGUACACUGACGUUCCGCCUAACACUGUUUCCAUGAUGUUACAAAUACCACAGUACGUCAUCAUCACCACGGGCGAGAUUCUACUCUCCGUGACUGGUCUCUCAUUUUCAUAUGCUGAGGCCCCGAACAGUAUGAAAUCAGUGCUGCAAGCGUUCUGGCUCAUGACAGUUGCGUUUGGCAAUCUCAUUGUUCUUUUACUUGCAAUUAUAAAAAUAAGCGACAACGUGGCCAUAUGUCUAUUUUUCUACGCUGGUCUAAUGGGUAUCGACAUCAUCAUCUUCGGCAUCCUGGCCUGUUUCUACAAGUAUAAAAAGGACACCAUUCCUCAGAGAGACGAUGAGACAGAACUUCGGGAAGACAGGGAAGAAGGCGAGGAAGAGUCAACGUACAGAAAUUAACUGUUUCUUUCUUAUUACACUGGUGGCAUAAGAUAUCGAGACCCGUUGAUCUGAGGAGCCUUUCUAUUCAAUACCCCGUCCUACUGAUCGAAACAUCUCUGUCAUUCAUGACAUUGCUCUGGUGAUGGCCCAAGGACUCUCGAAUGCUCCUCAUCUAAGUGUUGGCCAAGCAUCUCAGGUAGUUUGCCAAGGGUAAAGCAACAGGUUCAAGAAAGGCUGAAAUUGACCAUUGCUUCUGCAAAUGCAACCACAUAAUGUAUAAUUCAUACAAAUACAUUUAAUUCAAACUGGUUACAAAAAUCUGCCAAGGGCACACGCUCCGAGAUCUGAUCACAGUGGCUAAGACACGGUCAUAGCGAUGGAUACCUUAAUUCGUCACCAUACAAUAGGGAAUGACGCUUUUCCAGGGUGACAAUCAUGGACCUAUGGCAGACUGCAUUAUGAGUGGUGGUGGGCGUGUCUUUUAACAGUUGCUCGCGCAGCGUGUUUUAGAGAAUAUGUAUGUAGAGAGGUGUAAUAACACUCUUUAUGUUUGUUGUAGCAGCUGGGUUUAAUACACUCUUAAGUUGUCUGUGAUUGUAUCAAUGUUAUCACUGUCAUAAAAUAAAAUAAUGGUUUAUUAACAAAAUUUCUUUUUGGCAUAUUUCAUAACACCGAAUCCUCCA